GAAACGCCAUUUUUGAUGUACAGUAGUGAAGCAAAGAAAAGUAGGAGUGAAAAGUUGGUUUAUUUUGACGACAUUUUCGGCUGAUUGUGUAAUUGAACUGUUUUCAAAAAUGAGUGAUACACCUGAUCAGAAUGAUUCCGCAAAUGAUCCAAAAGAAUUGGAAAAGAUGGAGGAAGCUAAACUUAAAGCAAAGUUUCCAAAUGCAAUGUAUGGCAGGGGACCAGGAAGCCAUUCUGCUUUUCUUCAAAAAAGAUUAGCUAAGGGACAAAAGUUUUUUGAUUCUGGUGAUUAUCAAAUGGCAAAACAGAGGCCCAGCAAUCUAGCGGCGCCGUUUAAAGCACCUGCUGCUCCUGCUAAAUUGCCAACUGGAGAUGCCAUUCCCACACCUGAGACCGUCCCUCUAAGGAAAACCUCCAUCAUACAGCCCAAGUACCAACCGCCCAGCCAGACCUCCUAGCCUUGCCACUGGCCCAGGCGGCAGGCCACCUAAGUUAAUUCCAAUUUUAUUUUGUUAUGCUAAUGUAACACACAUUAAGGAAAUGCUUUUAAUUUUAAAAUGAAUGUUUACACCAUAAGUGGCAGACUAUUUAGUAUAGAUGAACAAUUCAUUGUUUAUUUUCACCACAACUUUAUGCCAUCAUUGUGAUUUAAAAAUAUCUAGUAAAACAUGUUAAAAAUAAACGAAAACAUAGGAACAACUGUUAUAUUUAUGUAUAAAAUUUAGAUAAAGUAAUAUUUGUAGAGUUGAAAAUUUAUGUGCAUUAGUGUUGUCUGUCAUUACACUAUUGUUUCAGUAUUUUAGUGCUAAUAUUAUUAAAUAUUUACUCCUAAAAGGUGAUAACACUUUCAAUGUGUGUUUGCACUAAAGUUAACUUCAUUAUACAAAAAAAUCACUUAUUAAGAUUUCUAUGUAAAACCACCACAACUUAUGUCAUACACUGGAUAUACUUAUAAUAAUAUGGCGAGAUAUGAAUGUUUCAAUCUUGUAUUACUGCCACACGUUAAAAUUGCAUUUUAACGCAUCGGACUGAAACAGUCCCAUAAAUAUAAUUUUCAUGUCAUCUGUUAUUUCUGUACAUUAAAUUACUAAUUAACUCCUAUAUCGGCCUGAUUAGAAGUCAUUUAUUUAACUAUUUUAAGAGAAUAAUAAAUAGAUGGUUUAGUUUUCAGUUAAUUUUAUUAUGUAAUAUCGUAUUUAAAUUAAGAAUAAUCUUGAAUGUUGCCUCUUAAAAAAAUCUUUUAAACCACUUAAUUUUUAAUUUUACCAAUGUACAUAAGGCCAUUAUCAUUGAACAAAAAGUGAUCUUAACAUAAGUUAAUGAAUUGGAUGUGGGAUGAUCUCUAGCAUACAAAUGUGGAUACAAAAAACAUUUAAUAUCAAAAGUUUUAUUAUUGUAAUUUAAAAUGCAUGGUUGCUAAUUAAAACAAUACAAAUAGUGACUAUAUACCUUAAUAUGAUACUUAUAUGUUCACAUAACAGAUAAGUUUUUGGUACUUUGUUUGCAAAAUACAAUAUGCAUCGAAAGCACAUUAAUUACCACAUUGUGUUAUGCACGGGAGUGAAGUAUGUGCAGGGAAUGUUGAGGUUAGUUGUAAUAAUAAUAAAUUCUUGAUAACAAAAAUACUUGUUGUUUUUAACACCUCACCUUACCUCGUCUCUAAUACGAAGAAAUCAUGAAGUUGCACGCUUUCAUGUCAUAAAUUUCAAUCUUAAUUUAUUAAAUUAAUGGUAAUGAAUAAUAUUCUUAAAAUUAAUGUAAACAACUUUCAGAUUACUAUUAUUACUACAAUAAAUGAAUGGCACUUGUUAAAAACUUAACAACUUUGUUCAGAUCUUCCAUUUCUGUCUUCCCUUGGAAUGUCUGAUUAGACUCAUCUCUGCAAAUUAUCAAACAUCUUUUCACACCUUCAUGUUUAUCCUGUGUUAUAUUUGAUUGUUAUCUGCAAAUAAAAGCUAAAAAUAAUAUGGGAAAUUUGUCAAUUGCAUUAGUGGCAGCAGCAAAAAAAAUCGACCCAAAGCAAGUCUAAAGAAACUUAAGUAAUAUAUAAUAAGGAU